AAAUAAUGAAACCUAAAAAUUCAAAAAGUUUAAAACAUAAAAGACUAAAAACAUAUAUGAGGUUUGUUACCUUAAAAAUUUACUAGAGCAGCGAGUGGAUAUAGGGAUCGAAACACAAUGCAAAUUGAUUAGUAGAUUGAUUUGUCUAGUGUUGAUGCUGCUCGUUUCAACAGCUAAUACGAAGAGAACCUUUUCAAUAACGAAACAUGUGAAAAUUGAUUUGCGCAACAAAAUGAGCGAUGAAUUUCUAGUCGAUUGCUCAAGUACUUUAUUUGAAACAAUGUAUACUAUUGGUAUGGAUGUGGACUCCACUAUUAAUGCAUUCGCUAAAUUAAAAUACCGCUGUGUACAAUUUACAUUGUAAAAAAAUUAUAAUCAUGAUAUUUUGUUACUAUUCUAAUUUUUUAAUAAAAUGCAGCCCAGUGCACUUCUGUGUUCUGGAUCCGCCGUUGUUGCUGUCCCAAAUUCAUUGUUCAAACCCAUGGAAGUGGUAGAGAUUUUCUUGUUUCUUUGCCUCACGCUAGUUCUUCUGCGAUCCACACAAGCAGAGCAGCAGAGGAGUGAUAGAUCGGAGCUCCUCACGCAUCGAUGUCAUCUCGGGCCUCGGCACUCGUCCCCUGGGACCAUCUUUCUCGACGGUGACGACUGGUCGCGCAGAGGAACUGAAAACCGAACCCGAACCUGACAAAGGAAUUUUCGGGUUUCCGGUACCCGGAACCCAAAAAGUCCUUAUCGGAUUCGGGUUCGGGCUUGGUUAAAGCAAAACCAAAACCUGAAUACCCGAACGCCUAAGAAUACGGGCUGAGUGCUAAUUCUUGGAUGUUUUCAGUCGAAACCCGUAAAACCGAUAAGCAAAAUCGAACGCGAAACCCGAAACCGAAACAAUUCCAAACUCGAAAAACCGAAAAUGUAUCUAAUCAGAUGGAUUUCGGGUAAACCUGGAAAACCGAAGCCAAAUGGACACCCCUAACCAAGAUACAAGCCCAGAAGUAGGGGUGUACAUGGGUCGGGUGGUCCGGGUUUAGGCAUUUUAAUCACCCGACCCAUGCACUACGGUUUGGGAAAUAUUAAACCCAAACCCACCCACAAAAAUCUAAACCCUACGGUUUGUUUCUAAUUGGGUUGGGUCGGGUUGACGAUAUUUUUAAGUAAAAACCCAACCCAACACAAAAUAUGUAAUUAUUCUACAUCAUAAAAAUAUUUUAUAACAAAUUAAAAAUUCAAACGAAUAAACCGAGGUGAAAGGUAUCAAAAUUCACAAAUAUUGUUUGAAUUUUAAUAAAACUUGAUUUACUUCAACUUAUGUCUAGUUUUUUUCAUGACAUUUGUUGAAAUAGGCUAAAAAGGUUACAAAUGAACGCAAUCAUAAUAUGAUAUUCUUUUAAAAUUGUACACAAGAAAAAAAAAUUACGUGAAUCAUAGCUAUAUUAAAUAUAUGUCUAAACUUUAAGUCGAAGAAUGCAUUAGAUUAGUGAGACUUUAAGAGAAAAACAUGGCGAAAUAUCUUAAUUUUCUCAUAAGUAUGACUAUAUACGACAUAAAUAUUUUUUUGGAUACGAACUCAUACCAAUAAUUGAAACACGGGUUGGGUCGGGUUCUACGGGUUGUGUAAUCUAAAAUCCAAACCCAACCCAAAAGAGGCGGGUUGUACAAAAGAAAACCCUCACCCAACCCAAAACCUUCGAUUUAACGAUAAAUACGGGUGGGUUGGGUCGGGUUGGACGGGUGGAUCGGUUUGCGGGUGUGUUUGUUCACCCUACCCAGAAGAAUGAGGCUCCUCCUCUGACCCAAGUACAAAGCCAGGUGUUUUUCUUGAACAGGUGGACCACGUCAUCUAUCAACAGCCAUGAGUUAAUAGAGUUCCCCCUAACUGUAUCACUAAUCAUCAGAUGUACUAAACUUGUUUUGGGCCCAUUUCCCAUUUUAAUACUGGGCUUAUGGCCCGUUAGAAUGUGGGCAGAACUGCAGCUUGGUAGCAAAAAAACAAGUGCCUAGUGCCCUAGUGGUAGAUUAGCAGCAUCAAUGCGUGUGCUAGCUUAGAAUAUAAUUCCAAGUCUCGAUUUCCAACACCUGUAAUUACUAAUUAGCACUCGAAAUCUACAACUUCCCAAUAGAUAACCGCCCCACUAGAAUAUCAAACAAACCAAUCAGUGAAAAGCCAGUCUUUUUCAAUUCAGUAUUGCAGAAAUCCUUCCCAGUCAAACAACAGUAUUCCCCAAACAACUCUUCAAACCAAAGCUUGUCCUCCAUCAAUGGUACACAAGGCUCAAAACCGUUACUCAAAUCCAGCAGGGGAAAGAAGAAGAAAAAAAAAAGCUCAUCAUUCCAACUCACGCCAUCCAUCCAACAGAUACAAACAAAGCAAAAGCAACAGUUGAAUGAAUCAAUGACAAAGAGUAACGUCUAAGCACAAGCAGAAACAGAUGAUCACAGCUUGGAAUGCAUGCAAGCAAGAUAUCCAUGAUCAACCAAACCCAAAAACUGACCAACGAAACUAACCACAAACAAAAAAAGAUCUUCAGACAUUUCAAUGAACCAGUCAAAGGGGA